UUAAACCACGAACUAAGAUAUAGAUAUAAGUAUAUCUUAGUUCGUAAUUUAAACAUAAUAUUAAAUAGGUAUGAAACGUUAAACAUUAAUUAACAUUUAAAAUUAUUCAUUCAUACCUGAUUUUAAUAUUUUAUUAUUUUAUUGUGCUAUUGAUUUCUUACCGUCCAUUUACCAAAAUCAAAAAAUUAAAAAUAAUAAAUGUAAGCAAACCUAAUACAAGACAAUUAAUAUUGCAUGAUGAAGGAUCAAUUUGAAAGAGAAGGAUGAAAAAAGAAAUCGCAAGCUCAGAGUAGAGCGCAUUAUAACAAUAAUCAAUAAGUAGGUAUAUCAUAUUAUAUAAUGUCGGACGAAGAUCCAUUAUCCAUAAACGCACUGCCCGACGAGAUUUUGCUGUACGUAUUCCGAACGCUGUCCGCCACGGAGUUCGUCGCGACCUUGCCGCUCGUUUGCGAACGAUGGUCACGGAUAAUCGCGUCGGACUCGUGUACGCUAAAGCGGAUCGGCAUGCACCACGCGAACGCGAUCGCAGCUGUUGAGUUCUUCUACUUCCGGGACGAAAGCGAACGGUCGCAGAUGUUCCACUGGCCGUCCGACGAUUACGGGCGGCUGUUGCGGAUGACGACCGCGCAAUGUACCGGUCAUGACUAUCGCGGCGGUGCUGCAAGGCGGGUGGGUUACGCAAACGCGUUCUACUUGUGCGCCCGGUACGAAGACAUCUGCGGACACGUUGCCGCGCUAGUGAUCUCGUCCAAUCUAUCCGUGUACGCUACCGACGGGUUCACGUUUGUCGAUCGACUGACCACGUUGGUCCUGCACGGCGUCCGGAUCCGGGAGGCGGACCAGUACACGCUCGCCGAACUGGGUACAGUGUACGUAAACGUGCUAGACGUGGUGUACGUGAAAUGUUCGUUGGCCCUGCGCUUCGAUCUAAAGUUUCUGCACGCCGGGUUUGAGCAGCUGCGGCGAUUCCGGGUCGACCACAACGCCGUUGGCGUUCGUUUCCUGGACGACCUGUUGCACACACACCGCCACACGCUGGAAACGGUCGUGCUGAGCGAUUGCACGGUGACCGGUGACCGAUGGAUAGAUGUUCUGUCGGAUAGGCUUCGCGGACGGACUGUCAACCGCUUGAGCAUGCACAGUGCGUACUUCACGGACAGAUGCGUGAAUCAGUUUCUGAACUCUGCCGACUUGGUCCUGCCUGAUGAUAGAUCCAACGUGAUCAUUGAUAGUGAUCUAAGUAGGAUCUCGUUUUCCAUUAACAUCGAUCCAUUAUAAUGAUUUUGUUUAUCAAAAAUGUGCUAAACAAAUGAUAAAGUAAAGAAUAAAAUAAAAAUCCCGUUUUUGUUCUCGAGCAAUGAGUAUGCGUAAAACGAUGUGGAUGUGUAUUAUUCAUCGAAUUUCCGUGCAGUUUCCGGUUAUUUGUUAUUAUAACAAUACUAUAACAUAAAUAUACUAAAAUAUUAUUAUAUCAUAUAUUUAUUAAGUACAGUUACCUAAAUAUAAACAAAUUUGUGAUAUUUUCAUAUUUUAU